AUGUCUGACCCUGGCGAUACCUUGGACCCCGGCCUCCCUGGCGCGGCGAGCUUUGACUUCACAACCACCAAACGAAGCAUACACAUUCAGCGGCCCUCUGGCUUGGUGUCUGAUCGUACUUACCGAGGACACUACUUGACUGAAGUUUAUACUCCGGAGGAAAAGCCUACCGUGGAUAUCAUUUUUGUGCACGGUCUUAAUGGUAGCACUCACAAAACAUGGACGAGCAAGUCUGGCUGCUUCUGGCCCUUGGACCUUUGGCCAAAGACGCUGGCCUCAGUUCGUCCCAGAAUUCUUACUUAUAGCUAUGGCAAUACUAUGGACGGCGAUGUUGCUCGUCAUGCAACGGACCUGGCAGAGGCCACUGCGGCCGAGAGAAAAGCAUUAGUUUACAGCUCUGCCCUGGGGACCGAUACCUUCGUGCAAUCCAAUUACCUGUCGACUGCCGGGAUCGUCUUUCUCAACACGCCGCACACUGUAUCUGAUGUCGCCAAAUGGGGUACAUCAUUGCAGAACUUGAGCUCUGCUAUUCUCCCUUGGAGUCUCCUAGAGCAUUCUCCGCAAACAAUCGACUCGUUGCCUGCCAUCAGUGCCAUUUUGAUACAAAUAAAUCGCCGUUUCGAAAAGAUAGAGUCCGAAUUUCAUGUCGCCAAAUUGUCAGAGUUUGAGGGGCAGGCCAACCCUCAGAGUGUUUCCACGAACAUGGAGGUUCAGAAAAGGUCUCAACUUGAGACCCUUAUCAAAAGCCUCAGGUUCAAAUUGAAUGACAAAGGCUCACAGCCCCCGGAAGAUUAUGACAAUAAACUCAAGACAUCAUCCAGCGCCGAGGAAUUUAUUGAAGCAGACCAUGGCCAGAUCUUCAAGUUCGACGAUGAAGAUGAGCUAGACUAUACGGGCGUGACCGAAGUUCUCCUUCACUGCUCCCUACAAGCCCCUCGUAGGAUCGCGGCUCGCUGGGCUAUUGAAAAAAGGGUUCAUGCCCUUGGAGUAGAACCAGGAAAAUAUGCCGACAUUGCUAAUCCAGAUCUGGCUGUAAGCCGAGGUAUUAACAAGAACCGUAGCCCUGAAGAUGUGAAUAAGAAGAAGGCCCACCAGCUGUUUGUUGCUCCUCCAAAUUUCCAACCCAACCCAAUUUUUGUCGGCAGGAAGGCAGAGUUGGAAGUGUUACAUACCCACCUGUAUCAUUCCAGGGCUCAAGGUCAGGACCCCAAGUCGGUUCUGAUUACUGGUGUUCCAGGGUCUGGCAAGACACAUUUGGCGCGGGAGUACGUCUUCACACAUCGCGAUUCUUACCCAGGUGGAAUUUUCUGGAUCAGGGCUGGGUCAUUCCAAGGAACAUGUGAAGGCUUCAUAGAGAUCGCCAGAGCGGCUGGGCUACUCGACCAUAUUGAAUCCAAUCCUAUUGACCACCCUGCUGAUCUACCGGAUGCGCUUGACGCUCUUGACUGGCUUGCGAGGCGAAAGCAUUGGCUUCUAGUCCUCGAUGGGGUGGAGGUUAAGGAUGGGGACUUCAGAUGCCUUAUACCAAAGAAUCCGGAGGGCAGCGUUCUCUACACGACGACUGAUGCCGAUGUUUUUGGAUUACUCAUUUUCCAAUCAUACCAUUUGGCCAUCCCUCCACUACAGGUCGAGGAUGGUUGCAAGCUUAUGUAUGGGAUUCUCGGAAUAGACACACCAACAGCGACGCAAGCAUUUAUCGCAACCAUAAUGGUGAAAAGCUACGACUGUUUACCAUUGGCUAUCCACGCAAUGGGUCACCACCUCAAGGCACUGGGCAAGUCGAUCGGGGAUGUUGAUUGGAGCGAGUCGAAUAGGAUUGAGACUGGGGUUUUCCGCGAGGUCAUCAACGAAAUGUACCGUACGGAGAAGCGUCAAGCUUUGAACUUGCUCCAUCUUUUGUCUUUCCUAGACAACAAGAUUCCAGUACGGCUCAUUGAGUUUGGAAGCGACUCAAUGAGCGUGACCGAUUCUGCUGAUAUCAUGACCAGACCUCGAGCUGGGGAACCCCCUGAUCUUAAUACUACAAUUGAGACUUUGAUUCAACAUGGGCUGAUUAAGCGGAUGGAUGGUACUAAAGUGCAAGCCUCCAGACCACUCACAGAGAACAGCGUGUCUCAGUCCGUUGGGCUUUCACACCAACAAGAUGAGCUAGGGAAUGAUAACCAGGAGGGCCUCAUUUCUCUGGAACAAGAAAUCCCAGAGUUUGGUCAACUUAAAAUUCACACUGAGCUGCAGCGGUUCUUCAGGGAUGAGGUGCGACUGAAAGAUGUCAAUCGUUCGUGGGAGCUAGAGCAGAAGGAAACGAUAGGAAUGGAUCAAGCUGGGUUCUAUGAUACGUGGCUCAUCCUCACAAGCCGUUUCCUCAUCGAGUCCUAUGAGACCGCUCAAAGAACCGCAGCCAAACUUCAUGGUCGAGGCUUUUGUCAAAGCGAUUGUCAAGAAUAUGCCAACCAUAUCUCCCGUUUAGCCCAGCUAUUUGCAGAGAGAAAAGAGAGAAGUUCAGGUUCUUUGCCUUGGUAUGCACGAGAGGCUCAGGAGAACUUGCAACAUCUGCAUAGCAAGAUACGUCUUGAACUCCAGACGUUAUCCCCGGACCCCUAUCUGGUGCCUAGAGCCAGACAGCAGUCUAUCUUUAAGACACUUCCUACGCGAACCUCGGGAGUUCCCAUAUCACGGGAUGACUUAGAUGCCGUGGACUUUGUUCUGACCGAAAGUUACGUUGUCGAGCAAGAGUUCGAUGCCACAAUAGGGUCAGGGUCUCAAUAUGUGUCUGAUCGAGUAUUUUCUGCGGGUCCACAUUCUACUCUGGACACUCAAACUGCUUUGACGGGGCCGACAGCUCCCACAGCUGCGACAUCUUCAGAAUUGGAGACGGAAGAUCUACGAACAGUAUAUUCUGAUACCCUGACCAUGGAUGGCUCGAUUAAAGAGGCUUAUGUCAAUGAGCUCGCACAUGAGCUUUUCAAAGCCGUUUCCACUUUCAAAUUAGACUCUGCAUCCAUGAAGCGUGUUGCCGAGGCCAUACCUGGCUCCUUGAAAGCAUUUUCAUCGAGACUUGGAUGUACUAGUUCGUCUCAACAGGUCCAACGAGAUGUGACGGUAUUCAUUCACAAAUACAGACAGUGA